ACAAUUUUCCCCAUUUCCCAUUCAUGUAACGGCUAACGAAGAAUUCUACAUAUAGCAAUUGCCCAGCUACCUACUGCUAGAAAGAACAAAUAAGGACUAAUUUAUGCCUGCCUCUCUUGCAGCAGAGCCCAGAUUUCAGAUUUUCCUCCUCUCCCCACCUGUUAGUUUUCAGGCAGACAUUUCUGUCUUUCAAGUCUGGCUGAAAUUAGCCAACGGGUUCAAAAGUUCUCACAUUGACAGACAUAUGCAGAGAUAGAACAGUUUCAUAACGCUGAUUUCUGCAGGAGAUUGACAGAACUUACUUGAAGUGACUCACUUGGCCUGUUGUACUAAAAUUCACGAUAAUUAAAAAAACCUCAUUGCACGCUGCAUAUUCACAUGAUCUGUAAAACUAUUUAUAUUCAUUUAUGAGUCCGGGAUGGAGUUUUUCUGACUUCCUUCUAAGUCAGUCAACAAUGGUGUUGUUUAACCAGAAUAAAUAGUUUGCUUUUGGUAGGAAGCUUGUCUCUGAUACUUGCCGAGUGCUGUAAAGCACUGUAACACCUAAGUAUUUUGUAAUGUUAAGUAAGAGUAGGCUGCAGAAUAAAAAUAGAUGCGAUGAACCUGAAACCGAACCGGGGGCAAUGCUGAUUUUAAUCAGUACUUGCCGCGAAGUAUUUCAAAAGGUGCAUGAGGAGGGAGCACGGUACCCGAGAUGCGCGAAGCCAGGUCCUCCCUGCUUCCCUGCCUGCCGCCGCGGGAGGCGGCACGGCAGCUGAGCGAGUACCCAGACCUACAUCUUGGCACAGCCUACCGCCUCCUCCUGCCCCUUCCUCACGUUUCUCACUUAAUCCGAUGGGCACCUUCUCUCCGUUCCCCUGCGCCGCCCCCCCUCGCCGCCGGCAGCCCGGCCGCACCGAAGCGGCGGGACGCUGCGCCCGCCAAGACCCGCCGCAGGUCGCUCCCGCAGCAGCCGUGGCCUCCCCGGGGAGCCACCUCCCUUCCCGGCCGCCCACCCUGCGAGCAGACCCCCUCCCGCCGCCGCUCGCCUCAGGGCCCGGCCCAGCAGCCACCGCCGCCGGGCGCCUCGAGGCCUGCUAGCAAGUACCGGCAGGCGGCCGAUAGCGGCAGCCCAGCUCUCCCGCCCAUCCUCCGCCUCCCCAGCGCCACCCCACCUUUCCACCGGCCCGGGCGCCGCCGGCCGCGCUGUGGCCACAGCCCCCGAGGAGCAGGAGCGGAGGCGCGGGCUGCCAGCCGCAGCUUCUUUGAAUCUUACUCCACUAUGAAACAGCUGCCAGCAGAAACUAUUCGUCUCCUUUCAAGUUCUCAGGUGAUCACAUCAGUUGUCAGCGUGGUGAAGGAGCUUAUAGAAAAUUCCUUGGAUGCCAGUGCCACAAAUAUUGAUAUUAAACUGGAGAAUUAUGGGUUUAACAAAAUAGAAGUAAGAGACAAUGGCAGUGGAAUCAAGGUUGCUGAUGUGCCAGUUAUGGCAAUUAAACACUACACCUCAAAAAUAAGCUCUUCUGAGGACCUUGAAAGGUUGACAACAUACGGUUUCCGUGGGGAGGCUUUGGGAUCAAUUUGCUGCAUAUCAGAGGUUUUGAUCACAACAAAGACAGCUGCCGAUGAUUUCAGCACUCAGUAUGCUUUGGAUAGCAAUGGGCAUGUAACUUCUAAAAAGCCUUCCCAUCUUGGGCAAGGUACUACAGUAACAGUCCUGAAGCUGUUUAAGAAUCUUCCUGUAAGAAAGCAGUUUUACUCAACAACUAGAAAAUGUAAGGAAGAACUGAAAAAAGUCCAAGAUCUACUGGUAGCAUAUGGUAUCAUAAAACCAGACCUGAGGAUAACCUUAACGCAUAAUAAGGCAGUUAUUUGGCAGAAGACCAGGGUGUCGGAUCACAAAAUGGCCUGUAUGUCAGUUCUGGGAACAGCCGUUAUGGGCAGUAUGGUACCUUUUCAACACUGCUGUGAAGAUCCUGAGAUAAAUCUUUCUGGAUUUCUCCCAAAAGCUGAGUCAGACGCUUCUUUGACAAGUCUUUCAAGUUCAGAAAGGAGUUUCGUUUUUAUAAAUAAUCGUCCAGUUCAUCAGAAGGAAAUACUGAAGUUAAUUCGACAGUACUACAGUCUGGUGACGCACAAGGACUGUACUCGUUUAUAUCCAGUUUUCUUUUUGAAUAUUACUGUACCUGCCUCUGCUGUGGAUGUGAAUUUAACACCUGACAAAACUCAAGUUUUACUGCAUUAUAAGGAAUCUGUCUUACUUGCUGUUGAAAACGUGUUGAAAUCACUGUAUGGGCCACUACCUGCUACAGUCCCUGGUGAAAGUAAUAAAACAGAUGUUACCUCAGAAGACAUGUUUGUUUAUAGAACAGAACAAACAGAUGUGGUUGUUAAUGAAACGGGACCAUCUGGAAACGAUGAUGUACACGCUCAUACUUCAUUCCUUUCAUUCAGCAGUGAUGUGCAAAACUGUCAAGCAGGAAAAAACACAGAGAUCUGCUUAAAUCAUCAGACGUUUUGUGGUGAUAAUGUACAUAGUUGCCGGGACAAAAAAGAGGUUUCUAAGAGUGAUGCCUUCCCAGACAAUUCCUUAAGUUUAUUGUGUGAGGAGGAACAGAAUGGACAGAAUAUGACCGAUAUUCAAAGCAACAGUGUUCCCGUGGACCCCCAGUCGAAAAAAGCCGAUGAGCAUAUUUUGAGUUCUGAUAAUAUUGACGAAACAGAAAAAAAUGAGGAAGCUUUAGUCCCUAAAGACUUACCUGAAAUCUCUGCUGAUAAUUGGAGUAUGGGAAGUGGAUUUAAAAACCAUCUAGGAGACAACCUGGAACCUGUUAAGAUUUUGAUUCCUGAAGUUGGAGGAACAAGUAAUAAGCAAAAUGAACAUAGUGGUGAACAAAGCAAUGAUCCACAAAUCUCAAAUCAAAGCAUAAAGAAAAGAAAUGUGAUAAAUGAUAAAUUUGGACAUGUGACAGCUUAUGACUUAAUUAGUAGUAGAAUAAUAAGGAAACCAAAGUCUGCAAUUGGAUUUUUCACUCAAGAAUGUCGUCCAAAAUUGAUAACUGAUAAUCCAAAGACCAGCAUGGAGGACAUCCUUCUGAAAAUUGAAGAGCAGUGGAAGAAUUUGAAUGAAGAGGAAAAAAAGAAUUAUGAAAUAAAAGCUGCUAAAGACCUGGAACGGUACAACAGAGAGGUCAAGAAGGCUACGGGGCAGACAGUGCACCGACCAACAAAGGAGGCAGAAAAACAGAAACCCAAGCUGAAGAUUUCGCCAUCCGACCAGCAGAAGCUUGACAAGAUAUUUCAUGCUCAAACUGAAAAGAAGCGGAAACCUGAACAGCCUACGAAAAUUGUGACAGUGCCUUUUUCUCUGAGUUCCUGUAGAUGUCAGCUUCAGAGACAUGAGAAAAAUAAUUCAGAUGAACAGAAGCUUUUCCUGAUCCGUCGUCAGAGUUUUCCUGAUGUCUGGAUAUUUGCUACUGAAAAAAAGUUAAUGUUGCUGAAUCCAUAUAGAUUGGAAGAAGCCCUGCUACAUAAAAGGUUACUGAUGAAUCAUAAGCUUCCAGUAGAGAAACUGGACAAGCCAAUUGUGUUAAUGGACAGUCUCCUUGGUGGAUCUCAAUAUAUGGCUGCUCUUUAUAAAAUGCAGAAGGAUUACCAAAGUUUCAAUGGAUCAGGGUAUUUGUCAGAUCCAAGGCUUGUAGCAAAUGGAUUCCAGAUAAAAGUGAUAGAAGGUGCUUCAGCUACAGAAAGUCACCUGGAAAUAGAAGGGAUGGCAAAUUGUCUGCAAUAUUAUGGUAUUUCUGAUUUGAAAGAAAUUCUGAAUGCAGUAGUUCAUGGAAAUGCAAAGGAAGUACAUGAAUGUAGGCCUCUCAAAGUGAUAAAUUACUUGGAGGGAGAAGCAGUACGUUUAGCUCGGCAGCUGCCCUUACAUUUGUCAAAAGAAGAUGUGCAAAACACAAUUUACAGGAUGAAGCAACAGCUUGGAAAGGAAAAUAAAGGCUGUGUUCAUGGUCGUCCUUUUUUUCAUCAUUUAACAGAUAUUCCAGAAGUUGACAAGCACGGCUCCAUGGAAAUUACUCAGUAAAUGGAACAUUUUGUUUGGGAUCAUAUUUCUCUUGCUUAAUUUUGAUCAUUACUUUGUAAUUUCAGUAUGUUUUUUGCAAAGCUUUUGUAUAAUGACUUUUCAUUAUCAUAUGUUCACCUCCUAGAGACUUUUUUUUUAUUUAAAUUCAAAUGCUACUUGAAGAUUGGAAAUAAAUUAUGUAGAGAAACAACUUAUCUUUUUUUUUUU